AUGAAAUGUAUAUCCACCUCUAUUCGUGCAACCCCAAGCACGCGGGGAUUGAUGUCGAUGGUGGGUCACAGUGAGGAUGCUCUAACGAGAAUCCGCAACAUCGAAAUGAUCGAGUUGGGGAAGAAAUGUUACCUCAAGCAUCCGCCUGGUAAUGAAAUCUAUCGCAAUGAGAAUUUUUCGUUUUUCGAAAUUGACGGAAGCCUACGCUCAGAACCUGUGUUUGCUGGCAAGGUUAUCUUGAUCACAAGACUCUGUACUACGACACAGAUCCUUUUCUCUUUUUAUGUUCUUGCGCUCCUGAAUGACCGCGGAUUCCACAUCAUUGGCUUUUUCUCUAAGGAGAAAGAGUCAGCAGAAGAGUACAAUGUGGCUUGUAUACUGGUUUUGCCUCCAUACCAGAAGAUGGGUUAUGGGCGAUUACUGAUAGAGUUUAGGACGAACACAGUAUUGUCUGGAAGUGAUGACUCAGCUGAAGAAGGAGAUGUCGAAAUAAGGAGGACGGAUUGA